AAGUGGGGGGCCCAUUUCACAUCUGUGCCUGGGGGGCCCAUUUCACAUCUGAUAAUCCGCCCAUGUGUGCACACCUUUUGCUACAUAGUGCGCAAGUUUUACGCACUUAUUUUAAUAAAUGGUGCACUCAUCUUAGUAAAUAAUGCACUUACUUUAUUCAAUUCUACACACAAGCGAAACAUUUUAGUGAGUGAGUGCCCCCCCCAAUCUCACUCCAAACUGAGCUCAAAACUUGAGAACCCUGUAUUAUAUGUGUAUUUCAAAAUGGAAGGAAAUUAAUUCAUGUUCCACAUUAGCAUAAACCUGACAAUUCAUAAUGAUUUGGAAUAACACUCUUCAGUCCUCCUUCGUCCCCCUCUCUGAAAAAAGCAAGUGUGUUGUCAAAGUCCCUGCAUAUGUUUGGGAAUCAUUUUGUGUUUACACAGGUGUAGCUAUGGAUUGCCUAACGCCCUCACAUAAACUAUUGGUUAAACUCUUGAGGUAUGCCUGAGCGCCUACAGCACCAUACGUUGGUGCAUCAUGGGUAAUCAUAUGUAUAUAUGAAAGCCUGAUGGACUCCAAUGUGCUCGUGGUGACUGGUCACAAGAGACAGAUAUGAGGACAGUUGUGCUGCUUUUGCUGGCUCCAAGCCUGCUGGCUAUCGCCUUGGCUGCACCUGCGGAGACACACGUACUGAAUAAUGGUGCCCUGUGUGUGUUGAGCAUACACUGUAAGAGCUCCUGCUGUCACCGUGCCUCUGCCAUCAGUCUGGCCCGAUGCGCUCCCAAGGCUUCAGAGACGGAGAAGUGCUCUGCCAAGAGUAUAUAUGGCUCCUACUACCACUGCCCAUGUGAGCACGGGCUGAAGUGCGACACAGACUGGACCAUCGGGGGUGCCAUCACCAAUACCAACUUUGGAGUUUGCAAAGACCCUAGCACCCCCAAGCCCCCAACGCCACCUCUCCAAACUCCACCGAGAUCCUGAGGCGUGUAACAUAUGCUGAGAGUGUCUUGGUGAUGGUCUGAGUACGAUUCUGAGGCCCCUAGCAUGUGCUGGGGUUUGUCAUGGAAUGCAAUGGCUCGGAUCGCAUCAAUCAGCCGACCAAUAAAACGAAACAUGCAAUGAAACAAGCAGAUAUCCAAAACAAAAUAAAACAUGGUAGUGGAAAUAUUGUUGGUGAAACACAUCUUCACUUUGUGUGACAAUACAAAAGGUGAUCUGUUAAUAUUUCAUCAGACUAUUGGUUCAGCAUUGGUUGACUUAGCAUAGUAGAGUGAGAAGGAUGAGUGACGACACUGAUAAAAAGUCACCAGGAGAACUUUACUUAUCUCUUACUGUACAUAAUACUUCCACAAGAUUGUCAGUCCACCAAAAAUCAUCUUAAACUCCUCAAAGCCAUACAAAUAAAUGUGUAAAACAA